CCUGGUUCAGGUGUGUGGGUCUGGGAGGUGUGGCCCUGGAUGCAGGUGGGGCAGAAGGUCAGCCCCAUGAGACUGGGGAGUGGGCAGCGGAGCCACCGGCUGCCCCGAGGGACCAGGCCCAGGACGGGGCGUGUUCUCUCUGAGAUGUUGGUGUGGUCAAGCGUCCACGUAAGUUUUCUAACCAGAAGCUCUUCUCGCAGAACAAACCAGCCACUGGACUACCACCGGGAGGCUUCUGUAGCUGCCCCCUGCGCCCCCCAGGCAGAGAUGCCUCGGCACUCGAUGGGGGACAAGCCUCAGCUGGUCUUCCCAAGCCAACCCUCAGCCGCGGACGGCGGGUGCAGCCACGGACCCCCCAGCAGGCUGGCAUCCCUCGGCUCACCCCGGAGCCACGGCGCCCUGGGUCCUGCCAUGCGCAGCCCCCUGGACGCCUGCAGCCAGCCACUGUGCCCGCCACAGGCUGAGAAGCACGGCCCCCGGGCGCCCCCCGAGAUGCGCUACGUGGCGGCCAGGCCGCAGAGCGCGGCGUGCGGCUGGGGGGCCUUCGCUCCCAGGUGCCUGCAGGCCUUCAACACGCCCCGCGGCUUCCUGCUCUUCCUGUGUGCGGCGGCCUUCCUGCAGGGCAUGACCGUGAACGGCUUCGUCAACACCGUGGUCACCUCCAUCGAGCGCCGCUUCGACCUGCACAGCCACCAGAGCGGCCUCAUCGCCAGCUGCUACGACGUGGCCGCCUGCCUGUGCCUCACCUUCGUCAGCUACUUCGGGGGCGGCGGACACAAGCCCCGCUGGCUGGGCUGGGGUGUGCUGGUCCUGGGCGCCGGCUCGCUGCUGUUCGCACUGCCACACUUCACCGCGGGCGCCUACGAGGCCGAGGGGGCCGAGGGCGUGGGGAUGUGCCGGGCCAACCGCAGCGUGGUGUGCCGGGACCGCGCCUCGGGCCUGUCCGGAUACCGGCUGGUCUUCAUGCUGGGCCAGUUCCUGCACGGCGUGGGCGCCACACCACUCUACACGCUGGGCGUCACCUACCUGGACGAGAACGUCAAGUCCAGCUACUCCCCGGUCUACAUCGCCGUCUUCUACACGGCCGCCAUCCUCGGCCCAGCCGCCGGCUACCUGAUCGGAGGCGCCCUGCUGAACGUUUACACCGAAAUUGGCCGCCGGACGGAGCUGACCACCGAGAACCCACUGUGGGUCGGCGCCUGGUGGGUGGGCUUCCUGGGGGCGGGGGCCGCCGCCUUCCUCACCGCCAUCCCCAUCCUCGGCUACCCCCGGCAGCUGCCAGGCUCCCAACGCUACGUGGUCAUGAGAGUGUCUGAAACACACCAGUUAGAGGACGGCAGUCACAAGGCUGCCAGCAACCCCGACUUCGGGAAAACCAUCAGAGAUCUGCCUCUCUCCAUCUGGCUCCUCCUGAAAAACCCUGCAUUCGUCCUGCUGUGUCUGGCUGGGGCCACCGAGGCUACGCUUGUCGCCGGCAUGUCCACCUUUGGCCCCAAGUUCCUGGAGUCCCAGCUUAGCCUGAGCGCCUCAGAAGCUGCCACCUUGUUUGGGUACCUGGUGGUGCCAGCAGGCGGCGGUGGGACGUUUCUGGGCGGCUUCCUUGUGAACAAGUGCGGGCUCCGCGGUGCGGGUGUCGUCAAGCUGUGUGCGCUCUGCACCCUGACCAGCCUGCUGGCCACCUUUGUGUUCUUCGCCCAGUGCCCCAGCGCGCCCGUGGCGGGGGUCACGGCCAACUACAACGGCAGCCCCCUGCCCGAAGGCCACCUGGAGCUGACGGCCGCCUGCAACGCCCUGUGCGCCUGUCGCCCCGAGCACUACAGCCCCGUGUGCGGCUCCAACGGCCUCACCUACUACUCCCCCUGCCACGCGGGCUGCCCCGGAGAGGCAGCGCCCGGCGCGGACGGCCGGAAGGUAUACCGAGACUGUAGCUGUGUCCCUCAGAAUUUAUCCUCUGGUUUUGGCCAUGCUACUGCAGGGAAAUGCACUUCAACUUGUCAAAGAAAGCCCCUCCUUCUGGUUUUCAUAUUCGUUGUAAUUAUCUUUACAUUCCUCAGCAGCAUUCCUGCACUGACGGCAACCUUACGGUGUGUCUGUGACCGGCAGAGAUCCUUUGCACUGGGAAUCCAGUGGAUUGUGGUUAGAACUCUAGGGGGCAUCCCAGGGCCCAUCGCCUUCGGCUGGGUGAUUGACAAGGCAUGCAUGCUCUGGCAGGACCAGUGUGGGCAGCAAGGCUCCUGCUUCUUGUACCAGAACUCGGCCAUGAGCCGCUACAUGCUCAUCACUGGGCUGGUGUACAAGGUGCUGGGUUUCCUGUUCUUCACCACCGCCUGCCUCUUGUACAAGUCCCCCUCGGGGUCUCCCGAUGGCCUGGCAGCUUCUCUGCCCAGCCAGUCCUCAGCCUCGGACAGCCCCGUGGACCUCCAGGGCACCCGCUCGGCCCCGCGGCUGCAGAGCGACGUCUGACGGCCCACCCCUCCACCCACGGGCACUUCCCAAGAACGCUGUGGGAUUUCUCCCCAGAAGGGCUGGCCCCUCACCGGUUGGUCCCCUUCCGUUCUGAGGACCCCCCAGAAACCUCCCAUUGGAUUCCAGGGGUCCUGAGCUGGUGGCGGACGCGUGUGAGUCACAGACACCAGGGAGAGAGCAAGCAGGGCACGUGGAGAAUGGCACACCUCCGGCCCAGACCCGG